UAUAUUUAAAGGUUUAAAAUCAACUAAAAGGGAGCCUGUGACAGCAACAAGACCGUCGCAAAGAAAUUCACCACAGUAACUCAGCUGCAAUGACGUUUGACACUUGACAGCUGAUCAAAAUGCUGCGCUUUAAUUAAUAAAAAUUUAAUAACAAUUUAAGUUAAUUUGACAACUUAAAGCUUACAAAAAUAAAUAAUUUGUUAUACCAGCGAUCCAUGGAGUUGGAAAACCAUCUUCCCAAUAUAAAAAGAAGAUGAGGGUGCCUACAAUUCGUUCUAAACAAUUUGUUCAAAACCCCACUAUAAUUAUGCUUAUUUUUCUGUGGCCAACAUAGCGAUAGCAACCUCAUGGCGAUAGCACAGCAUUCGCAAUCGAUAAAAGCAGACGACACUGCGGGAACAACAAAUAAUUCAGCAUUAAACGGGCCACGAUCAGAGCAGCAUGGAGAAGAAGGAGCGCCUGGUGGUCUACGACUGCGACAUUGGUACGGACGAUGCCUGGGGCCUGGCCAUGAUGCUGCGGGCAGAGGAGCUGACUCUACCCGGCGGCAGAACUAUCAAAGUGGUGGCCAUUACCAGCGUCCAGGGCAACACUGACGUGGUGAAUGGCACGCUGAACGCCCUGCGGGUGCUCCACACGCUGGACAGGCGGGAUGUGCCCGUAUUUCAGGGUUGCGCCAAGUCCAUUGUGCCGACUAGUUGGAACUACACCAAUCGUUUUCAUGGCAUGGACGGCUUCAACGACGUGGGAGACUAUCCGGUUGUGGAUGCGGAUAAGGAGGUGCAGCCAGAGCAUGCCGUCAAUGCCAUGUACCGCCUGGCCUGCCAGCAUCCCGGUCAAGUGGACUUCCUGCUCUGCGGCCCGCUUACGAACUUUGCCAACUGCAUCAAUCUGUAUGGCGACGCCUUUCUGGACAAGAUCGGUGGCGUAUACAUCAUGGGCGGCAAUAUUCAGGGCAAGGGCAAUGUCACCAAGAGUGCGGAGUUCAAUUUCAUGAUGGAUCCCGAGGCGGCGCACAUAUCUCUGACGCACUUGAAGCAGCCAGCGUUGAUUCUACCCUGGGAGCCCUGCAUCGAUGGCGAGUUUGGUAUAACCCUUGACUGGCGACUUAAUGUGCUGGGAGCGGUCCAGCAUCCAUUUAUGGAGCUCCUCAACAGAGUGGAGCGGUCCAUGCUGGUGCCUCGUGGCUACGUGAAGUGGAUCAGUUGUGAUUCCCUGCUGACGGCCACCUAUCUCUUCCCCGAUGCAAUGAUUGCCGAUCAGCGGGAGUACUAUGCCGCCGUGGAGCUAAGCGGUGUGCAUACCCGCGGCCAAAUGGUGCUGGAUCACCUGCGUGGCCGCAAAGUGGAUGACAUUCACGGCAAGAAGAGCAAUGUGCGGGUCAUCAGACGUUUAAAUGGCGAACCCUAUCGCACGAUUAUUGCCUUCACGGGAUUCCGGCCCGAAACGGAUAUAGCACAGCUUUGCGGUUAGUCAA